CCAAAAUGAAACGUAGAAGAAGAAUCCAGCUGUUGUUAAUGCAACUGCUCCGCAGCGUUUAUUGUCAACAGACAGCAUUUUAUCAUCUGAACCAGCUUGUGCGGAGAAUAGCUCUUAUGUUUGUGGUUUGAAGAAUUAAGAAAGACGCCCCUUCAUGUUUUCGCUGCAGUGAAAAUGAUGGCAGGUAGGGGCCGGCUGGUGCCCUGUCUAUGUCUGGGGCUGUCUGGUGUCCUGUGCUGGGUCUGGGUCUCCUUUGCCUCCUUUCCAGACGAGCAACUUUCCCUGGAGGCCUUGGAGGCAGUGGACCGAGGAGCAUUUCAGCCCCAGAGUGCUCUGUCAGAGAUGGAGUUUGCCUCCAUCACCUCAUACAGAGGACCUGGCAACAGUGACCCCCGCAGCAACAAGGAGCUGCCAAUUCUCCUCUGGUGGAGUGGAGGACUGUUCCCACAUUUUCCUGGUGACACUGAACGCAUUGACUGUGCCACGUCCUCGUGCCUGGUCACAAGCAACCGCAAGGUCCAGUUGUACAAACGGACAGCAUCCAUCAUCUUUUAUGGAACAGACUUCAGGGCAUAUGAGGCGCCGCUCCCUCGUCUUCGCCACCAGACCUGGGCACUGUUCCAUGAAGAGUCACCCAUGAAUAACUACGUCCUCUCCCAUGGACCGGGGAUCAGGCUAUUCAACUAUACUGCCACAUUUCGCAGAGAGUCAGACUAUCCUCUGACCCUGCAGUGGCUGCCUUCUCUGGACUACUUGCUGAUGCCCGUGGCUGUGUCCCUGGAGGAAAAGAACCAGCUGAGGAGGGAGGGCCUGGCUCCUGUGCUCUACAUGCAGUCUCACUGCGAUGUACCGUCAGACAGAAACAGAUAUGUCCAGGAGCUCAUGAAGUACAUUCAGGUGGACUCUUAUGGAAAAUGCUUGAACAACAAACCUUUACCUGAAUAUCUGGAGGACACGGCCACAGCUACCGGCGAAGAUCACAACUUUAUGAAUUUUGUUGCGCGAUACAAGUUUCACCUGGCGUUGGAGAACGGCCUGUGUCCAGAUUACAUGACGGAGAAGCUGUGGCGGCCUCUCCAUCAGGGCUGUGUGCCUGUAUAUCGAGGCUCUCCUGUGGUGGCAGACUGGAUGCCCAACGACCACUCUGUAAUCAUCAUAGAUAAUUUCCCUUCGCCAAAAGCUCUCGGUGAAUUCCUCAAACAUCUUGAUGGUAACGAUGAUGAAUAUGCAAAAUAUUUAGAGUUCAAGAAUCCCAAACGCAUUACUAACGCUCGUUUGCUGGAGGCUCUGGAGACCCGUGAGUGGGGGGUUAAUGACAUGAGUAAGCCCAACUACCUAAAUGGAUUUGAAUGUUACGUGUGUGACAAGGAGAAUGAGCGACUGGCAGCAGAACGGGCGUAUAGGAAAGCUCCUAAGAAGAACCAACCUCCUCAGCCUAAAAUGGCCAACAACUCUCACAUGGGUUGCCCCUUGCCCAGCCCGGGGUAUGGACAUGUCCAAGACUUACCAGCAGAUGAUGGAUGGUUGCAAACAUGGCCUCCGGAUUACUGGCAGAGCCUGGACCAAGCAGAGGGGCUGGAGUCUCUGAUAAGACAUAACGAGUCAGACCCUUCGCUGCUGUGGAAGCACAUCCAAAACAUUGCUGUGAGCAGAGCCAGAGGAAAACACUGACGCAGGCCUUGAAACAAACACAGGAUGGAGCGCGUCCAGGAUUUCAGGGGUGUCCCAUAUUGUGCAACCCUGCUAUUUAAAUGAGGGAAAGAAGCAGAAAUCUCUCAUAGUCUUGUACCAGAGCCAAAAUGUCUUUACCCUUGUGAACAAUAUAGUUAUGGUAUAAGAGAUUUUUUUUAUUGCACUCAGCUGACAUGAUAUUUCUGUCUUUUAUCCCUCGCUUAGUAGUAUAUGCUAAUAUUUUCAGUCUUUUUAUUAGUUUAACUGAGGUCCCAUCCAUGCCCUUAGUCCACCCUGCAUUGUUAACAUUAUCAUGCAUGCAUGCGGUUGUUCCACAGAGGCACAUUCUUAUAAGCGGCAGAGUUUCACUGAAUUGCGGCAGAGCCAAAGACUUGUCCUCUGCACCAGGUGAGUUCUGCCUAACUGUUUGUGAAGACCAUCAAGGCAGUAGCCAGUGAAGUGCAUUAGCCUCUUUACAGUUACUCACUGGGUAGCCGAUGGCUAUUAGCACACCUUUAUGUACAUACGUGUUUUAAGUGACUAUGCAAGGAAAAUAUUUCAAGAAGUGGAGAAAAUUUAAAAUCACCACUGCAUCUGCAAAGUAGUUCUCAGGAACAGCUCGUCUAAUGAAUCUCUGUAGCAAAUACGUUUCUGUUCAAGACAUGAUAAUAAGUUCAUGUUUAUGUGCAAUGAUUUCUCUUUUUUUUAUCAUCUUUUUCUAAAACAGGAGACAAGACAGUCAGGAUUAUAUAAAUCAUUUUAUUUUCUUAAAGCAUUAUACAUGUGAACACACUAUUUUGUACCUAGUAGAGCAAAAGAACUUUUUGUAAUAAAGUAAGUUUCUUGCACAACUACUGUCACUAAAUUAUAAUAUUGUACCCCACUUGCCAGCAUUAGUCUGUUCAGUUGCUGUACAGACAUGUCCUUCAUAGUUUAUGGAGGCAGAUAAAGCGUUCACCACCAAGAAAAAAAAAAAAAAAACAAC